AUGAAGUUUCAAAUUUCACGUUUUACUCAAAACUUCUCCAUGGAAAAUAUCAAAAGCGAGUUCCAUUCGUUUCAGUCUAAACUAGCCUCUCUUCGCACCCCUCAAGAAUUUUUCAAUAUCAAGAAAGUCUCCAAACCUCAAAAUUUCGGGGAAGUCCAAUCCAGAGUGGCUUACAACCUAAAAUACUACUCCAGUAAUUACGGGUUGAUCAUUGGUUGUUUGAGUAUCUACACAUUAUUGACCAAUUUAUUACUACUCUUCGUCAUCGCUCUGGUCAUAUUUGGUAUUCUUGGUAUAAAUAGACUAAAUGGCGAAGACCUGGUGACUCCCUUUGGUUCUUUCAAAAGCAAUCAACUAUACACCGGUUUGAUUUGUGUGGCCGUACCAAUAGGUUUCUUGGCUUCGCCAAUCUCCACUUUGUUAUGGUUGAUCGGUGCUUCUGCCGUCAGUGUUUUCGGACAUGCUUCCCUGAUGGAAAAGCCAAUCGAAACUGUCUUUGACGAAGAAACUGUUUGA